AGCGUUUCGUCGCCGGUUGCGCGCGCGUUGUCCCGUUCCUCGGCCGCGCUGGGGCUGGGAUAAGGCCCCUCUCGCGCUCGUUCAUGUAUAUAUACACACAUCCCGAUAGUAUAGUUGUCAUAACAUAACCGGUGUUUAUACGAGAACGCGAUUUCAUUUAUUGUACGCAUGUACGUACAGCAAAAAAACAACAAGCAACAACGAUUAUCGAGCCAAUUGAAAGGGUUUCUCGGAUUAAAGCGAAAAAUUUUGCUCGUAAUUGCCCCGUGUGAGUCGUGCUGGCCAUGUGAGUGCGUGCGCGAGUGUGUAAUACUGUGGCUGUUUUAUUUUACUUUUUUUGUGUUUUUGUUUUUGAUUCGAUUUUGGUUGAUGCGUAAGUGCCGAUUGACCAUUUGAUCCGAUCGCUUUUACAUGAAAAAAAAUAAAAGAAAUAAUUUCGAUUCGACGAGUGUGCGUUUGUUUUGAAACACGGUGCGCGGAACCUCGAGAAGAAAAGAGUCGAAUGUGCACAUUGGCACACGAUCCUGCGAUAUCACUCGACCGUGAGGAUCGUAACACAUAUAUUGUGCUUGGAGAGGUGUCUCUCGAUUCUAACGAGCUCGUGGGCGCCCCGUGCCGUGAUAAAAAGUUUGUAAAUACACACAAACGAGGCUCUGUCCUGCUGCUGCUGCUGAUCGUGCGAAGGAGGCAGCCACCAGCCACAGCCACAUGCGUGCGUACGUGCUCGACGAUCAAUUAUUGAUAUUGUUGCUGCUGGCAAAAAGUCGCCCAUCGAUAGUCGCCAGCCAAGGAUGUCGACGACCAGCCGCAACCUACCUUUAUUAUUGCGAUAUCGCGUCGCAAUCGUAGUCAGACCUGCGAGGAGAGAAUAAAAAAAAUGAAAUUCAUCAGCAACGCGGCGAUGGCCACCGAAGAUCACAAAUCGGCCUCGUGUCGUUGCCGCUGCUCCGUUAUCACAGCGGCGGUGGCCGACGACGACGCUACUACUACUACUACUACUACUAGCGGCGGCUCACAUCGCUGCUCCCGUUAUCGUUCCUAUCGCCGCUCGUGCAGCUGUCAACGCGGAGGAGGAGGAGGACUAUUAUCAUCGCGGCCGCCUCGCUAUAAAUACCGCUAUCACGGAGUAGCAGCAGCCGCGCCGUCGCUGCUCCUGUUUCUGCUCCUGCUGCUGCUGACAUUGCAGACGCUCGGAGAAGCGGCAGCAGCGACGACUCCGCACCAACAAAAUGGGCCCGGAGCAGGAAUUUAUGGCCAUCCGCAACUGCUCGGCGCAUCUUCCUUAUCAUUAUCAUCAUCGAGCUCGAGAACGAGUCGAGGAACCGUCUCGACAGCCGGUCGUCUCGGCCUCGACCUUGAGGUCCGACCACGAGGCCCGAUAAUUCUAGGCCCGGGCGCUCGGCGCAGCGUCACCCUGACCUGCCAAGCCGGUGCUGCCGUCGAUCUGCACGACGUACGAUGGAUAACCGAGGACGAUGCCAAUGCUGGCGGCUACAGUAGCAGCAGCAACAGCGGAGGCACGAGUAGCAACAACGCAACAACGGAGGAGUCGUCUCUUUGCCAUCAAUAUCCAACGGCUCGUUGCACAAUAGUGCACGGUGGCUCGUUACGUGUACACAAGAAAAAGGAUCGGCCGAGCGCGUCGCUGUCCAACGAAGAAGCAGCUGCGACCGACAAGGCGAUAUUUCGAUGCGUCGCGCACACGUCUUUCGGCGAGUUUAUGCAAUCCCCGCCUAUAACUGUUUACUUUGCUCAACUCUCGCACGCAUUCAAAGAAUCUCCAAAAGACUCAACAGUUAGCCAAGGCGAAGUGGCUAGAUUAUCCUGCUCGAUCGACAGCGUGCCGUUUCCUCCCAAUGUGACGUGGCUCCACGACGGCCAGAUCAUUUCUCAGGAUCAUCCGGAUAAUAAAUACGCUUUCUCGGCGUCGCGGGGUGUCCUGUUCGUGAGCUCGGUCGAGCCAUCCGACGCCGGCGCGUACCGCUGCUCGGCCAGCAACGAGCACUCCAAGGAGCAGCGCGACAGUCCGGACGCGCGACUCACCGUGCUCGAGCGGCCGGAGCCCCGAGCCCCGGCGCUCUAUCCGCAAUCGGCUUACGAGCACGCCGUUCUCAACGGCAGCGAUCUGACCCUCGUUUGCGCAGCUUCCGGUUAUCCGACUCCGGCGACCACUUGGACACUCCUGAGAACAGAUAAAGGAAACAUUAAGAGACUCAAGCUAUCGAGUUCAAGCUCGGGUUUAGCUAUUUUAAAACUCAGCAAAAUUACCACUGCCAGCUCCGGUGUUUAUGUUUGUUCAAUGGUUAAUCAGGAUAACGACACGACUGAAUCUCAGAAUGUUACCGUGGACGUGCUGGUACCACCGACGAUAAUCAAAAAGCCCGCAGAUUUGGUUCAUCCAAAUGGCAGAACCGCCAGAUUCGAGUGUCAAGCUCAUGGAUAUCCUACGCCGCACAUCUAUUGGCUUAGAAAUGCGCAAAAUGUCACGUUCAAUGGACGAACGACCAUGUACAAAAAAGAUUCGAACAAAGUAGAAUUAGCAGUUUCGGCCACAGUUCCUUCGGACUCGGGUAUCUAUCAGUGCGUAGCCGUUAAUGCGGCCGGUGAAGCUUCAGCCGCGGGUCGGUUACAAGUCAAUUCGUCGCGCAACAGUCCUGACGCGCCAACGUCAUUAAAAUGCGAGGCCCGAUCGCCCACCAAAAUGUACAUAUCAUGGGAGCGACCAAAGUUACUACCGUUCACUGAUAUCACUGCCUACACCGUUCACUACAGGCCACUGGAUGGUGGCAAAGAAGAAGUCACUCCUCCCGAACCGGGAAAUUCGACGUCGGUUGAAGUAUCGAAACAUUUGGAGCCUUUUACGAAUUAUACUUUUUACGUGCGCUUGUGGAACAACCACGGCGCCAGUGAUCAAUCUUCAACCAUUACUUGCUCUACCGAAGAGAGCGUUCCAAAAAUUGUUCCAAAGACUCAUGUGCGUGUCAUAAGUAGCACUAAAGUGUACGUCACAUGGAAACCACUUACUAAAAAAGAAGCCCAAGGAAUUGUGACACAGUACAAACUCGAAUGGAAACAAUCAAAACGACAUUCUGUCAACUCACUGAUUUUACCUUCCAAUGUUGAUUCAAAACUAUUGACAAAUUUGAUUCCUGGAGAGCAAUAUGAUUUCCGCGUUCUUGCUCGAACUCGAGCAGGUUGGUCUAGCUUUAGCGAAUCACCAAUUGGAUGGCUAACUAUAACAAUUCCAACUUCGCAAGAUUUAAUACAAGCCCAGAUUUCAAUGGUUGAAUCGCAAUCUUUAAAGCUUUUAUGGAGCGUGAAAGAUCCAAUAUUGGAAUACACAUCGUGGAAAAUUCAUAUUGAAAGCCAAGAUCGAUCUUUAAGUAGCUCCAUUGAAUUGCCUAAAAAUGUUUCUGAGUAUAUCUUUACGAAUUUGAAAUUUCACGUUCCGUACGACUUCAAAUUGUGUGCUAUAUAUAAAAAUGAAAUUGUUCAGUGUAUUACGAAACGUGCAGAUUUAAGUGAAACUUCAGAAAAUAACAUACCAAAAUUAUUAGAAGCUAUUUCUGUAUCUUCCACUUCGAUAAGUUUAAGCUGGUUACCCGCAAAACUCAAUGUUAUCGAAAGUUAUGAAUUAUGUUACCAUGCUAUAAAUCUUGAAAAUCAAACUGUAACCUGCCUUUCACUGAGCAAUACCUCGCAUAUCGUAGUGAAAAAUUUGAAACCCUACCAUUUGUAUGAAUUUAAAGUGCGAGUAAUAAGUAAUGACACUGAAAAAAAUAACUUCAGCGAAAGAGUUACAUGUUACACCAAUGAAGAUGUUCCAGGAAAGAUAGAAAAUAUUGAAUGGUCCCAAAAGAACAAAUCUACUAUUCAUGUUACGUGGCAAAAACCAUCAGAACCAAACGGCGUUAUAAAAAGUUAUGAAGUAGCUUAUACUUCUUCUCCAAAAUUGCCUCAAGCAGCUUGGAAUAACAUAACGAUUGACGGAAAUAUUACAAGGGUCGAUUUAACGGGUUUAUUACUUGGUAAAAAAUAUUCUGUGAUAAUUCGCGCUGCAACUAGAGCUGGCCUUGGCAGUUUUUCCAAUCCUAUUGAAGUAUUUACUGUUAUUUCAACAUCUGAAUCUAAAUCUUUCGAUGAGGCCAAGCCAGUAUAUACAUUUACCAAUGAAACAAAACUUGGAGUAUUAUUUGGAUUGGGUAUAAGUUUACCAACUUGCAUAUUAAUUUGCCUGAGUACUUAUUACUGUCGUAGAAAAUAUGAAAACCGACGUUUGUCAAGAGAGUCGGCUCAAUCUUUGAAAAACGUUAGACAAACCAUUAUUGGACGUACGAGCCUUUGUUGUGCUGAUAGAUCUUCUUCAUCUUAUGAUCAAACAACUAUGCCCAGUAUCACUACCAAUGAAAUUGAACUUGCCGAAAUGUAUUCUGAUUCAAAGGGUCUGUCUAUCACUGAAGGAAUUGAACCAUGUGUGAAGGUCCCUUUAUUGAGUCCUUGGGAAAUCAAUGGAAUUAGAAAAGAUUUGAAUAUAACCGAGAAUCCCCAGUAUAAAUUAAAAUCAAUCAUCGAGCAAAACAACAUUAACACUUCGAUGGAUCGAAAUGACACUCAAAUAACACAGUGUAGCGUGGAAAGUUUAAACAAUAACUGCGCAAGGACUCAUAGACCACCUGUGCUUGAACCUAAUGGUUGAGCUCGAUAAUCUAGUUCCUUGAAUAACAAAGACGUGUCGUUUUGAGUUGAGUACCAACUUUGAUAAAUUGUACUUUAUUCCUCAUAGAAUUAAUCCUAAGAAAUGUUGGAUAUAUGAAAAAGCUUACUUUAAAUUGUAUUCUUAGGUUUUUGUCGUACGCUUUAGGCAUUUUGCUACUUAUAUAAUUAUUGAUGUGUAUUUUAACGAGUCAGACUGAUGAUUCCUGUCGUAGACUAUUGCUAUAACUCCUGCAACAGAAAUUUUUUAUACAAAGCUAUAUUUUCAAUAGGUCUUGUAGAUACAACACCAGCCCUGUUAUUACAUUGAUAAACACAACCAGUGAGAUUUAAUUUAAAAUGAUAAAAGUAAUCGUUAUUAACGAACAUUGCAACAAGGACACACUGACAUUGUUUUUCGAUGAAUGAUCUAAUGCUAAGUUUUCCUAUAACGUUCUUAUAAAGGGUUGUAGGUAUUGUUAAACGAGCUCAUAAUGCUUCGUUUCACUAAUUGAGGAGAGAAUAUUACGUUUAUUACGAAAAACUUUAAAAGAUAUAUUUUGUCCUCUGAAAUGAUUUUAAUCUGCAAAUGAUCUUUGCGGAAGGUUUUUUUAUUUAUAAAUAUUUAUUUAAGAUGACGCAGGGCGUAAUCGUAACUAUAUUCAUAAUGGGAAUGUAUGAGCUCGAUCGUUAGUUUUUUUUUCUUUUAUUCUUCGACUGGUGAGAUACAAACUUGUUACAUUCGCAUUUAAAAAACCGAAGUUAAUAAUCCAUACACUUUGUUUUUUUUUAUGGUUGAUAAUAUAAUUAUAUAAUACCAUGUAAAUAAUACCAGACUGGUGCACGUUACCAUGACAGAGAUGUGUAAUGAAAGAGAAAACCAUAAAUGUAAAACCCAAUACUGUACCUGAUAUUAGAACAUAAGUUACCCUAUACAUAUAAUAAUUUCCAUGAACAAAAAUACCUACAAACGUUGGUAGCACCGUCAUGUCAGAGUUUUCAUUAUUUUUUCAAUUAUUUGAA